AUUGUUGUGAUAAACUUAUUAAAUAGAGAUGGAAACUGUGAAAGUGGUGCCUCCUCAGCAGCAGCAGCCGACGAAGAACAACCUAUCUGUUCCGUGGGUGGAGAAACACAGACCACGUGAGUUGAAAGAUAUUGUGGGAAAUGAAGACACGAUUGAGAUGCUGCAGCACUUCGCACUCAAGGGAAACAUGCCCAAUGUAUUACUGUGCGGAACACCAGGAAUUGGAAAAACGACUGCCAUUCUCUGCUAUGCGCGAACUCUUCUGGGUGGCCUGUACAAAGAGGCCGUGCUAGAGCUGAAUGCCUCAAAUGACAGAGGCAUCGACGUCGUCAGAAACAAAAUCAAAAAUUUUGCUCAGAAGAAAGUGACUUUGAGAGAAAAUCAACACAAGUUGAUCAUUUUGGACGAGGCAGAUUCAAUGACCGAUGGGGCACAACAGGCAUUAAGACGGACCAUGGAGUUGUAUUCAAACACGACUCGUUUUGCCCUGGCUUGUAAUACUUCGGACAAGAUUAUUGAGCCGAUACAGUCGCGUUGCGCCAUUCUGCGCUUCUCUAGUCUGUCCGAUGCACAAAUACUGGCUAGAGUGAUGCAGAUCUGUGAGUUUGAGAAGGUGAAGAGCACGGAUGAUGGACUGGAAGCUAUUGUGUUCACAGCACAAGGAGACAUGCGACAGGCCAUCAACAACUUGCAAUCGACAGUUGCGGGGUUUGAACUUGUAACGAGUGAGAACGUGUUCAAAGUAUGCGAUGAGCCGCACCCGUUGAUGGUAAAAGAAAUGCUGGAUUUCUGCACCAAAUGCGAAUUGAAUGAAGCAUACAAAAUUCUAAAUCAUCUGUGGAAGCUGGGAUACUCUUCUGAAGACCUGAUAACAUCUGUUUUCCGGGUCUGCAAAGGUCAACAAAUGGACGAGAUGCUUAAGUUAGAUUUCAUUAAGGAGAUUGGGUUCACACAUAUGCGAAUUUGCAGCGGAGUGAGCUCGCUUUUACAAAUGACUGGAAUGAUAUCGAAACUCUGUACGAUUUCAGAGCAACAUUACAAUUCGUGAUUCAGACAUUUGAGAACUUUUUUCUUUGAUUUGAGCGAUUGUUUUUCUAAAAUUUUGAUUGUGGAUUUGCUUAUUGUCUUUGAAUUUACAUUAUUUUUAUGC